AUGGCGCUCUCCGGUUGCUCUCGCUGGCGCCUCCGACAAAGCUAUCAUCUCUGCCUCUUCUACAUCACAGGCUUUCUGAGUUUUUUGUGCAUCAUCAUCAUCUGGUAUUGCGUCAAUACCGAUCGCGACUAUGUUCACCCACUGUUGACCCAGUUGAUCCCCGCCGGACACUGCGCCUGUCAAACCUCCACCACCUUCCAGUGCGCCAGCUGUCUGACAUGUUCGCAUCCGGACCUGGUGCAACAACUGUCCCCAGCUCCGGCGUGGGAAUUUCAACCUGCUCGAGACGGCAGCAAUGAAGGCCUCGAUCGUGCCCAGUGUACGAAUGCAUUCCCGGGUCUUUUCGAAGAUGUUGUUCGCGCCACGGGCUUUUGGAAGUCUCAGGGUGCGCUGGCUAUGGAGGACUUGGACGAGAUCCCUCUAGCAUAUGGCAUGGCGCGGGCUUUUAUCCACGCCGGUGAGCUUUAUGUGGUUGCGGCGCGGUCCAAAGGUGAAGACCAUCGACGUAAGAUCAUCGCCGUAUUGAGUUCAAUUCACCGGGCGUUAGUCGCCGAUGCCAACCGUACCUCGCAACGAGAUAUCGAGUUUGUGUUCUCCGUGGAGGACAAGGUAGAAGACGUGACUAACUCCGACCAUCCUGUCUGGACUUUGGCACGAUCCGCCACAGAGGAGGCCGUCUGGCUGAUGCCUGACUUCGGGUUCUGGGCCUGGGAGAAUAUUCAGAAUUCGAUCGGGCCGUACGACCAAGUUGUCAACCGCAUUAAACGCGCGGAUAUCCCUUGGUCAGAGAAGAAACCGCAGCUGGUAUGGCGAGGAAAGCCUAGCUUCGCCCCCAAAUUGCGCCGCGCCUUGAUGGAAGCUGCGCGAGAUCAGCCAUGGGGGGAUGUGAAGCAGGUCGACUGGGAUCAGAGGACGAACAUAAUACCCAUGGAGGAUCAUUGUCAGUAUAUGUUCAUCGCUCAUGUCGAAGGUCGCUCGUAUUCUGCGUCACUGAAGUACCGGCAAGCAUGCAACUCGGUCAUUGUGGCGCAUAAGCUGCAGUAUAUCCAGCACCACCACUACCUUCUCGUACCAGACGGGCCGCAGCAGAAUUAUGUCGAAGUUGAGCGGGAUUUCAGCGACUUAUCAGACAAGCUCGAACCUCUGUUAGCCGACCCCAGUCUUGCGGAGCGGAUUGCCAACAACAGCGUGCGAACCUUCCGCGAGCGGUACCUGACCAAAGCGGCCGAGGCCUGUUACUGGCGCAGACUUUUCGAGGGGUAUGGCAGCGUUUGGAACAGCAGCGUCCCCGUGUGGUCCGAAGCGUACCAGCGCGAACGUGGCCUCCGAUACGAGUCGUUUCUCCUGAUGGAUAGCCAGCUGAUGUUUGAGUUCGACGCGCUGAGAUUGUCUUAUUGA